UGAUUUGGGGCUGUCUGGAGAGGCAGGACCAUCGCAGCUCAGCCGGGCCCCCGCCCUUUGAACUGUUACCUCUCCCAGCUCACCUGGCCGGAACUAUGCACAAAGCGAGACCGCUGCUAGGUGGCUGGACUCGACCCUGGAAAUCUGUGAGGAUGGCCAGCUCCGGGGUGACUCGCCACAACCCGCUCGCGAAUAAGGUGGCCCUGGUGACAGCCUCCACCGACGGGAUUGGCUUUGCCAUCGCCCGGCGUCUGGCCCAGGAUGGGGCCCACGUGGUCGUCAGCAGCCGGAAACAGCAGAAUGUGGACCGCGCGGUGGCCACACUACAGGGAGAGGGGCUGAGCGUGACUGGCAUCGUGUGCCAUGUGGGGAAGGUGGAGGACCGGGAAAGGCUGGUGACCACGGCUGUGAAGCUUCAUCAAGGGAUUGACAUCCUGGUCUCCAAUGCUGCUGUCAACCCCUUUUAUGGAAAUCUAAUGGAUGUCACAGAGGAGGUGUGGGACAAGAUUCUGAGCAUUAAUGUGACGGCUACAGCCAUGAUGAUAAAAGCAGUGGUGCCAGAGAUGGAGAAACGAGGGGGUGGCUCGGUGGUGAUUGUGGGUUCCGUAGCAGGCUUCACUCAAUUUCCUUUUCUGGGCCCUUACAAUGUUAGUAAAACAGCUCUGCUGGGUCUCACUAAGAACUUUGCACCUGAGUUGGCCUCCAAGAACAUUAGAGUGAACUGCUUGGCACCCGGACUCAUCAAGACUCGUUUCAGCAGCUUGUUUUGGGAGGACAGAUCAAAAGAGGACAUCAUAAAAGAAUCCAUGCGUAUUACAAGGUUAGGCAAGCCAGAGGAAUGCGCAGGCAUAGUUUCCUUCUUGUGCUCUGAAGAUGCCAGCUACAUCAAUGGCGAGACAGUAGUGGUCGGGGGAGGAACCCCUUCUCGCCUCUGAGGACCUGGAGACAGCCUACCAGGGCAGUGAUUAACUCCAGCUGGUGUUAGGGGUCAGGUGGGGGGGUGCCGUCCACCUUUCCUCUGUGACACUUCCUUGGCACUGCCUAACGUCUUGUUCACCUCACAAAAAUCAGCUCUGCACAAUGAUGAGUUCCUGCUUUCCCUGUAGACAGAGUGUAGUCAGAUGAGCAUCCCUGCUGUUGCUAUGGCCUUGGAAAAGGCUUUGGGGAUGGGGCGGGGAGGCGGGGGGGGGGAGUGGAAAGGAGGGGGUGCUGAGAAGGCUGUGGCUACCUUAGUGAGGACCAAGUCCCUCUCACCCCUGUCCCUGGAGAAUUUGAACGGAGAUAGAAGGGACCUGGAGUGGAAAGAACAGAGAUGGAAAUGAACAGUUUGCAAAUAGGGUACCAAUAAAAUGAAGAUGAUCUGAA